AUGUCUCGACGGCCGCCUCCGAAUCCGGCCGCUGAGAGAGCGGCACAGAACCAGGCCACAUUGAAGAGUCUCCUCAAGCUGGAACCCAACAAAGUGUGUUCUGACUGCAAGAAGAAUAAGCAUCCAAGAUGGGCGAGCUGGAACCUGGGCAUCUUCGUCUGCAUUCGCUGCUCCGGCAUCCAUCGAUCCAUGGGAACACACAUUUCUCGGGUCAAAUCCGUCGACCUCGACUCGUGGACCGACGAGCAACUACAGAGCAUCUUGAGCUGGGGAAACGCCCGCGCCAACAAAUACUGGGAAGCGAAACUCGCACCUGGCCACGUGCCCUCGGAAGCCAAGAUCGAGAACUUCAUCAGGACAAAAUAUGAACUCAAGCGCUGGGUCAUGGACGGCCCCAAGCCAGAUCCUGCCACUCUCGAUGUCGAUGGCGAUGACGACAUACCCCUGAGCAUCGUCAAGGAGAAGCAGAAUAUUGAGCGCAAGGAGUCACUUCGCAAGCAAUCCGUCGGCCAGUCGUCUGCCCCUCGAAGAGCUCCAGCACCCCAGGGAGAUCUCAUAGGCGGUGACGACCUGCCUCCCAGAGCUAGCACCGCCGGGCCCUCGUCUGCUCAACAAGUGCCCCCACGGGCUGCUCCCGCACCGCCCAAGGCAACAGCUGCUAAGGACUCCCUAUUCGGCUUGGACUUUCUAAGUGAUGCGCCCGCAGCCCCGCCUCGGCCUGCCAGCACGACCGGCACAGCAGCCGGCAAUGGUGGUCAGUCUCGCCCGGAUCUGAAACAGUCUAUUCUGUCUUUAUAUGCUUCUGCACCCCGACCUCAACCACCGCAAGGGCACCAGUCGACGGCUUCCUUCGGCAGCUUCGGGGGCAUGACAUCGCCGUCUAUGCAGUCGCCCACCUAUGGACAUCAAUCAAAGCCGUCAGCUGGUGGUGGACUGAACGACGCCUUUGCAGGUCUCAGUUUCGGAAACCUCUCGAGCCCUACUCCCAAGAGCCCACCUAAGGAUGCCUUUGCUGGGCUCGGAGGCUUUCCAAGCAACAAAUCUACGCCCCAACCUCAAAGCUCCUCUACGUUCUCGAACCUCAGCGGAGGUAGCUUUUUCGACACCAAGCCGGCGAGGCCUGCAGCUCCCCAGCAGCAGCAAAAGCCCUCCGCAACUAGCUCGUUCGAUGGCUUCGGAGAUUGGGGCGCUCCCGCAGCGCCAGCCACGCCUGCGCAGCCAUCAUCGUCGUCCAUGGGCGAUUUGUUCGACCUGUCCAGUCCUGCGCCGGUUCCCCAACCUGCCGCCGCACCCCCCAAGGCGGCCCCUGCGCCCGUCGACUCGUCGGUAUUCAAUCUUUCGCAGCCCAAGCCUGCACAACAGGCUCCCGCACCUGCAGCCUCUGUGAACACUUCGGGCUUUGGCGGUGCCGACGUGUGGGGGAACGCUUGGGGCGAGCCGGCCGCUCCGGCAGCACCUGCACAAAAGAGCCCCGAAGCCAACAAGCCGUCUGCUUUUGGCGGUGCGGACUUCGGUGGCGGCUGGGGAGGAAGCACCGGGGGUUCUUUUGCCAACACUCCCAUCGUCCCGGGCCAAAGUGGCUUUAGUGCCCAGUCUAGCUUCAGCAUGGCACCGGCGCCGGCACCGGCACCGCCCAAGGUCGCAGCCGAUGAGGAGUUCGGCGGGUGGGCAAGCAGCGCGACUCCGGCGAAUACCAACACGAGCACGACCAAGCAAGGAAGCGGCUUUGGCAACGAUGAUCUAUUUUCGAAUGUCUGGCAGUAG